AGUUCUUGCCUAUAUAUUGGCAUCAUGGGAGUGUGAGUUUGUAUAAGCAGAUUAGAAGAGGAAAUAAAAGAAGAGAAUGGGUUUGAAAUCGAAAAUGUUAGUUAUGGUGAUGGUUAUUGGUGCUUUAGGAUCAGCACCAUUAAUGGCGGAAGCUCAGCUUGGGAAUAUUAUUGGGAGUCUCCUUGGAGUUAUCAACGUCCAAGGAGUUGUUUAUUGCACCGCCGAUGGCAACAUUGGCACCAUUAAUGCCACUUCCACCCCUGUUUUCCCCAACGCAGUAGUGCAACUGCAAUGCGGAAAUGGAAACAUCGUGUCAACUACAACAACAAACAACAUGGGAAGCUUUUCGAUGUUGUUGAAUCCUUUGCAAUUCCUUCUUUCCACACUCUUAACCGAUUGCAACGUCGUAGUGAGGACUCCAUUGAUCAACUGUAAUGCGACGUUACCAUCUACUGGAUUUCUAACAUCGAGAAUGCAAUUCGUGGGAAGAUUUGUGCAGGAUGGCAUCAUGGAGAUCAUGAAAGUAGCACCCAACCUAUUCACAUUCAUUAGUCCAUCUGCUUAAAAUGAUGCAAGUUGUGGGCUAAAUAUAUUCACCAAAGGGGCAAAGGAAUAACAAGAAAAAGUAUAGUACGUAUUUGAAUUUUUAGUACUUGUAACAUAUGAGUUCUCUCUCAAAAUUGAUCGAGUACUCAUGUUGUUUGUUUGUUGUAAUUUGUUGUCGUGUUUAUGCAUGUUUAUUGUUGUUCAUUCCAAAAAUAAAAGGUUGUGUGCUUAUAGUUAUUUCAAAAGA